GAUAAAACAUUUCAAUGUACAAUUUUUCCGAAAUUUCUCCAUUUCUACUCAAAAUUCGAUCAUGUGUUCUUUUACCUCAAUGUGGUGGACGUUAUUUCCCUCCAGGAACACUUUAUCGUCCAUAUAAUGAACGUUUUGAUGAGAACUGUGAACAUAAACCACUGCCUCAUCCAGAAACUCCAAGGUUUCAAGAAAUUCCUGUUACAGACCCUAGAUAUAAGGCGAAAAUUGCCGGUAAAAGACCAAUUCAUGUAAUUUGUGAACCUAACCAAGUUUAUUGGUGGUGUUCUUGUGGUCAUAGUAAACGUCAACCAUUCUGUGAUGGACAUCAUAUUCGGAUUUUAGGCUCAAAUCCAACCUUUAAAAUCAACAAGCGAGAAUUUAAACCCAUUCGUUUAGUUUAUGAACAACCAUCUGAAGUAUGGUUUUGUACAUGUAAACAGACAUCAGAACCACCCUAUUGUGAUGGAAGCCAUAACUGUGAAGAAGUACAGUCCAAAACUAAACACUAAUUAUUACACUUUUUUCUAUAAAGUUAGCCAUUGUAUAAAAAAUCACUUGUGUAAUAUAAUCUUAUCAGUAUAAUAGAUAAAAUUUGGUAUAGUUGUAUUGACUAUGUAUGUUUUGUUUAUUGCAUCAUCAACUUGCCUGUCAAUUUAUGCUAUCACGUUAAAUAGUCUAUAUUGACCGUAUCCUUAAAACAUCAAUCAAUAUAUCUUGUGACUGAAACUUAAA